AUGGAUAUAGAAAAAUGCAAAUGCUACUACGAAAUAUUAAACGUUGAAAGCACGGCUACAGUGGAGGAAAUAAAAAAGAGUUACAAAAAAAUUAUUCUUCAGUAUCACCCAGAUAAGAAUUCCCAUUUGACAGAGGAGGAACAAAAAAGAUGCACCAAUAUAUUUCGACGAAUUCAGGAAGCAUAUGAAUGUUUGGUGGAUGAGAGGAGGAGGAAAUGGUAUGACAAAAAUCGUGUGCGAAUUAUUGCAGGAAAGGAAAGUGAAGAAAAGAGGGAACAAAACAGACAAGCACGAAGAAGAAGUGGAAGCGUCGGAGGAAGCAGUGAGAGCAGCGUCGGAGGAGGAGCUACCUCAGGUAUAAACAUUUGGGAAUAUUUCAGCAACAGUUGUUAUGAAGGAUUUAAUGAUAAAGACGAAAAAAGUUUUUAUAAUGUGUACAGAAAAUUAUUUGAAGAAAUAAUAAAAGAAGAAAAUGAUGAACUAAUUAAAAAAUUUGAUUACUCUUAUGAAUAUAUGAAAAUGUUUGAACAAGAAAAUAGACAUGUAAGACGGAAUUUAAAAAAAGUUGCAGAAAAGAGAAGCUUAAAGGAAAGGAAGGAGUUUAACGAAAAUGUGAGAUCUUUGGUGGAACAUUUGAAGAAGCAUGAUGUGAGGUACCUUAACAGGGUUGUGGAGAUUGCUGAGGAGAAGAGGAAAAAGGUUGAAGAGAAGGAGAGGCAGCGUAGAGAACAGAUGCUUCAGAGGAAAUUUCUGUUUGAGCAGAAUGAGGAGAAACGGGAGGAAGCCGAGGGAGAGGCACAAUGGGAUAAGGCGGCGGCGGAGGAGGGGGAAGAACCAUGUGGCGAUUCUUGGUGUAGCCAACAGGGUGACAACGAGAAAGGAGGCCGUGAAGGGGAGCGGCACCGUGCUGAUGGAAGGGGCCAAAGGAUCUACGACUCCCAUGGUGAAGGGGGUGAAGAUGGAGAAGACCGUGGGGAGGACAAAAAUAACGACAACCCCUACGGCGAAAUCAUCUACAGGUGCGAAGUGUGCAGGAAGAAUUUUAAAAGCAUGAAGCAGUACAACUCGCACGAGAAGUCCAAGAAGCACGUGAGCAACUUUUUGAACCACGCCAAGAGGUACGCCGUGGGGGGCCUUUUCGGCGUCGGGGGGGCCCAGCCGCAGGGUAAGCGGUUGGACGGUCAGAUGGGCGGUCAGGUGGGAGAUGUGAUGGAUGAUCAGAUGGAGGGUCAGAUGGAUGAUCAUAUGGAAGACCAGAUGGAUGAUCAUAUGGACGGUCAGAUGUCAGACCAGAUGGAGGGCCAGAUGUCAGACCAGAUGGACGGUCAGAUGUCAGACCAGAUGGAAGACCCAAAUAAGCCACAGAGUGACAACUCGGAUGGGUGCCCAGAGAAGAGAACCCCAAAGUCGAAAACGAAAAAAAAGAAAGACAAAAAGAGCACGGCACCUGUGAAGAACCUACCCGAGAGGAUCAACUCCGCCUCGGAGUCUUCACACCUGGAUGAAGAUUUCUUGUCAUGGUACAAAGGGAAGAAGCGCCAUCGAAACAAAUUGGUGCAUGCUGAGGAAGAAGGGGACGUGUCGGAGGCAACAGAAAGUUUGCAGCGGGAGGGGUCUCCUCAGCAGGGCGAUUCUCCUCAGCAGGACGAUUCUCCUCAGCAGGACGAUUCUCCUCAGCAGGACGAUUCUCCUCAGCAGGACGAUUCUCCUCAGCAGGACGAUUCUGCACAGCAGGACGAUUCUGCACAGCGGGACGAUUCUGCACAGCAGGAGAAGGUCCCCUCGCAGGCCGCAAAUGCAACGGACUCGAGCGACGACUACGUAUCCUCUAAGCGGAAAAAAAAAUUGCUAAAAAAAAAAAAAAAAGAAGGCAUUAACAGGAAAGAAAAGGAAGAAAAAAACCUGGAGGAGCCGAAGGAAGACAGUAAGGACAUAAGCGGAAAAGCAAACUCGAAAAGUAAAAUAAAAGAAAGUACAAAAAGUUUGGUGUGUAAAAUGUGCAGGGAAACAUUUGACUCGAGAAAUAAAUUAUUUGCACACAUACAGAAGGAAGGGCAUGCAGCAAAUAAAGUUGUUGCUGAUGUGCCUGCAAAGGUGAAUAAAAAUAAAAAGGGCAACAGUAAGAGGGAGAAAUUGCCGUAA